AUGGAUUAUUACCAAAGUGAAUUAAUCAAACUAUUUCAAAAGAGUAAUGAAAUUUAUAAAGAUAAUAAUUUUGAAACUAAAUUAAAUGAAAAGAAUUAUAAAUUUUUAUUAGUUUAUUUAAAUUCAAUACAUUCAAUAUUAAAAAUUGAUAUGAAAUUAAACAUUUAUCAAUAUAUCAAUAUCGAAUUUAAAGAAUUAAUUUUAAUAUCAAAAGAAUUAAUGAAAAUUGUAUUUGAUAUAAUUCAUUCUGGAACAUGGAAUAAUAUUGAUAUUCUAUUUAAAGAUUUAUUUGCAUAUUCUUCAAUUCUAUAUAUUUACUCCUUUUUUUUAAUUCAAUUUAAAAAUAUAAAAGUUGAUAAUAAUAAUAAUAAUAAUAUUAAUAUUAAUAUCCCAAACCCUAUAAAGAAAAUAAUUUUAAAAAAAUUAGAUUUAGCAUUAAUAUUUGGUGAUAAAUUAUUUAAUCAAGUUAUAAAUCAAAUUAUUAAUUUAAUAUCAAAUAAUAAUAAUAAUAAUAAUAAUAAUUUUUUAAAUAAUUUUAAAAAUGAAAAUUAUAAUAAUAAUAAUGAAAAUGAAAUAAUAUUAAAUAAAGAAAAACUAAUUAAAAGGAUUAGUAGACCACCAAGUUUAAAUGAAUUUAAAAAUGAAUAUAUGAUAAAAGGAAAUCCAUGUGUUAUUGAAAAUUUAAUGAAAGAAUGGCCAUGUUUUAAUGAAAGAAAUUGGAGUGAUUUAAAUUAUUUAAAAAAUGUUGCUGGAUCAAGACUGGUUCCAAUUGAAAUUGGUCCAAAUUAUUUACAUGAAAAAAUGAAACAAAAAUUAAUAAAUUUCAAUAAAUUUAUUGAUGAAUAUAUAAUUUCGAAAAAUAGUGAUGAUGAUAAUGAUGAUAUUGGUUAUUUAGCUCAAACAAAACUAUUUGAACAAAUUCCUCAAUUAAGAAAUGAUAUUUUAAUACCAGAAUAUUGUAAAAUUAAAAUUGGAUGUGGUGAUGAUGAUAAUGAUAAUAAUAAAGAAGAUAAUGUUGAAAUUAAUGCUUGGUUAGGUCCAAAAGGAACAGUGACUCCACUUCAUUAUGAUCCAAAACAUAAUUUUCUUUGUCAAAUUGUUGGUAGGAAAUAUAUUAAACUAUUCUCACCAAAGGAAUCAAAUAAUUUAUAUCCUCAUUUAAACUCAAAAUUAUUUUUUAAUACUAGUAUGGUUGAUGUUGAAAAUCCAGAUCAUUCAAAAUUUCCAUUAUUUAAAAAUUGUGAUUAUAUUGAAUUAAUUUUAAAUGCUGGUGAAAUUCUUUAUAUUCCACCCACAUAUUGGCAUUUUGUUAAAUCUUUAAGCCAAAGUUUUUCAAUAUUCCCCUAA